AUGGGGAAACAUCACUCUGAUGUACUACACCGGAAGUGGUGGACGGGGUGCUCGAAGCCGAAGGUACAACACCGGCAGUUCCGAUGGGGGGGAAGCUCGAAGUCGAAGGUACAACACCGGCAGUACAGAUGGACGGGAAGCUCGAAGUCGAAGGUACAACAUCUGCAAGACCGGUGGACGGGAAGCUCGAACUCGGACCGUACCCUGCACCCGAUCCUGAAAUCUGAGAAGGGGGAGGGGGGUUUUGCGCGAAAAGGCCAGUGCCAACGCCAGGCGGAGACGCUUGGCGGACAACGGGGAGAGGGAUAACGGUAAAGGGGAUUACAUCACCGUCGCGGUACGAUGGGGGCAAGCGGGUGGCCGAUAGAGAGCAUCCGAUCUCCGAAUAUGCGAAACUAAGCCGACCGCCGAAAAGGUGCACACCCCUCUCAUCCAACACUAUCCUGUGCUUUUUCUGCGUUUGGUGCAGGGAGAACAAGUUGAACGAAAUUCCUGGCACCACGUACACGUCUGUCAAUUGGGCACAAAAAUCCACUUCUCCCGAGCGGCCCUCUUCCAUGUGGAAUGCCAGAUUGACACUACCCACACACUCCACGCGCAAAUGAGCACCAUUGCCUCCUCGGAUAAAUUCUUUGCCGGGGGGAACAGGCGAGAUGUUGUACAUCUUGGAGCUGUUACUCACAAAAUGGUUACUUGCACCGCUAUCAGACCAAAAUACCUCCCUACCAGGACCGUACUCGCGACUCUGUGCAGACAAAGCAAAACCAAGAUCACCACAUGCGACACUGCCUACAUCACUCGAAACCGAAAGCGAACUCAUCUCGUCAGCGGACACAAAGUGUGCCAUCAGGGAGUGCAGAUGCCCAGGCGGAAAAGCUGCUGCUCCGGGAGAAGGCGACUGGGGCGGGGCAUGGGUGAAGUGUUGCUGCUGCUGCUGCU